UCGAUAAACGUAUAGUAUAUUUAGCUGUUAUUUGCAAUUGCGUCGGUCACAUUUCCUUUUAAAAUCCAAUAAAUCCAUUCACAAACAAGCAAAACAGCGUCCGUCACGCUUAUUUCGGCAUCAGUUACAGAUGGCACCGUUCUUGAACCGAAGGUACUAACAUAACCUCAAAAUUGGUUUCGUCUUGAGUUCGGUGUAUUGGUGAUUUUGUGUUGUCAGAGAUGGCGACGCAACUGUCCCGGCGCGAGGUGGAGGAGCUCCGGUCGUCGCUCGACCGCGCCAUUUACAGGACCAUCGGGAAGUCGGAUAGCUCGCUGCUUUCCACCGUAUCGUACUGCCUCACUAGCGGAUACGAACGCCGAAAAAUCAUAGACAAAAUAUCAUCCCACAUAGACUCAAAAAAAGCAAGCAAGCUAGCGGAUAAAAUUCUAGCGUUGGCGUCCGAACUGGUAUCUUCUUCCAAAUCCUCCAAGCGUAAACAUGAGGAGCGAGAUGACAGGAAAGAAAAGGACAGCAAGCGGUCCCGGCAUGAGGAUAAAAAAGAGAAAGAUGAUAAAGAGAGGGACGAUAGAGUGAAGGAGAAGGAUGAUAGAGUAAAGGAGAACAAGAACGGAAACGGGGUGGAGGCUAUGCCGUUGCCUGUGACUAGUUCGGAGACUAUAGGCUCGAAAAUUACUGGGCUGAGUGCUGAUCGAAUUAAGGUGAUGAUGGCAAAUGCUCAAAAGGAGAUAGAGGAGCGCAAACGCGCGCUGACUGCCAUGAAAGGCGAGAAGGCGCCAGUGAGCGCCGCCGCGGCCACGGCGCAGCAAAUAAAGGCGAGUUUGCCCGCCAAGGCCAUGCCGCCGCCCGCUGUCAUCAAACCAGUGCUGUACUCCAAGCCAGAUGCCUCGGCGGCCCAGAGCGCCGAAGAAUUGGAAAAGCAGAGAAAGAUAGCCGAGCUGCAGGCCCGUAUACAGAGAAAACUGGCCGGAGGAGCGUUAGCGGCGGCGGGCAGCUCGGGCCCCGCGCCGCUCAUCCUGGACCGCGAGGGCCGCACCGUCGACACCACGGGCAAGCGCGUGCAGCUCACGCACGUGGCGCCCACGCUCAAGGCUAACAUCCGAGCGAAGCGACGCGAAGAGUUCAAAGCGCAGCUCUCCGGCGCGGCGACGUCUGAGCCUAUAGGGGACGCGGCGUGGGUGGACCCGCGCGUCACAGUCAAGCCUCCGACGCGCACGCGCCGCGCGCUGCGCUUCCACGAGCCCGGCAAGUUCCGGCAGCAGGCCGAGCGGCUCCGGAUGAAGGCCCAACUUGAGAAACUACAGAACGAGAUAUCCCAAAUCGCGCGCAAGACCGGCAUCUCAUCGGCCACUAAACUAGCGCUUCUAGCGUCUGACAAGACUGAUAGCGAUUCUGUACCGGACAUAGAAUGGUGGGACAGCGUGAUUCUAAUGACACCGGAAGAGCGCGAGGCCCAAUGCUCGACAUCCGCAGAGCAGAGUAUACACCGUGUGGCAGAAUGUAACACAGGCGAGGACGACAUCGUGAGGAAUCUGAAUAUACACGCUGUUACUAACCUCGUCGAGCACCCGCAGAGGCUUAAACCGCCAACGGAGCCCCUAAAGCCUACAUAUAUGCCCGUGUUCCUGACGAAGAAGGAACGCAAGAAGCUACGCAGACAAUCCCGCAGGGAAGCAUGGAAGGAGGAACAGGAACGCGUCAGGCUGGGACUUGAAGCCCCACCAGAGCCCAAACUCAGGAUAUCGAACCUAAUGCGAGCCCUAGGCACGGAGGCGGUGCAAGACCCCACGGCGAUAGAGGCGAAAGUCCGCGAGCAGAUCGCCAAGCGGCAGAAGACGCAUCUCGAUGCCAACAAGGCGCGCGCGCUCACCAAGGACCAGAAGAGAGAAAAGAUCGAUCGGAAAAUUAGAGAAGACACGAGUAUGGGCGUCAACGUUGCUGUGUAUAGAGUACGAGACCUCUUCGAGUGCGCUUCAGCGAAGUUCAAAGUCGAAGUGAACGCGCAACAACUACACAUGACAGGCUGCGUGGUGUUGCACAGGGGCUGCUGUGUAGUGGUGGUGGAGGGGGGGCCUAAACAACAUGCCAAGUACAAACGCCUGAUGCUAAACCGUAUUAAAUGGGAGGACGACUUGGUAAAGGACGCAGAGGGGGCGGAGGUCCCGAACACGUGCACCCUCGUGUGGGAGGGCGCCACCAAGCAACGCGCCUUCGGGGACAUCAAGUUUAAGGUGUUGCCAACGGAGAAGCAAGCUCGCGAGCUGUUCCAGAAACAUGGCGUGGAGCACUACUGGGACCUCGCCUACAGCGGCGCCGUGCUGGGCACGGCCGAGGAGGAGGCCUAGGGCUCCCCUAGCUGCCCUAGGAGCCCUACCUACACUUAUCUAACAAAAUGUCAUCAAAAUAUGGAGUUGAACACUUCACCUCGCUUACAUCGAUGUCGUACUCGAAACGGCUAGGGUCUACUUAGAGUUCCCCUAGCUGCCCUCGGAGCUCUAAAGACUAAAUACUAUACCUUUGGACUAUAAGUUAUUUCAGUCAUCAAACGUUAUUGAGUCAAGGAAAGCUACCUUUAGACCUUUAUCGGAUGUCGGAAGGAUUUCAAUACAAACAAAUCUAAGAUGGCGCCUGUAAUGUAUGGGAUAGGUCCGAUAUUGGAUCCGAUAAUGUCAAAAUGCACUUAGUUGCCUGGCUGGGGCCGUAACAUCUGACCAAAAGAGUUCACCUUUGUUUAAGAACAUAACUAAAUUCAAUUUUUGGAAACAGAAAAGACCUAUCUAAGGAUUACUCUAGCAAUCCUUGGGGCCCUUAAAAGUAAAUACCUACCACCAAUAUAUGAUUUGCUGUGACACCUUUCACUCUUAAGAUCCUUAUGUUCUAUAUGAGUUCUAUAGAAUGUAAUUGACAUUUCAAUUAAUUUUCCAAUAAUAGAUUAGACAGAUUCUAAAAGUCUAAAGUUAAUAUUUGGUGUAUAAAAUAGCUGCAGUAAGCAUACAAAAUAUAUAUUAUUUUAUGAAGUAUUUAGAUUGUAAAGUCGUAUGUAACUUUGUUGAUAGUUAUGUCACCCAUUGCAACUGUGUUGGAAUAAAUAUGUUUCGAAAGCCAC